GUUGUAGGCAAAACCAAACCAAACUCGAUGCAGAAUGGCAAGUUUUCUUUUGAUAUCUUUUGUUACGGCUAUGGUUUUAUUUUCAUCUUUCAAUGUCUAUGUGGCUGUUGAUUUCUUAACAUCUUCUCAAAACCUCACUCAUGGCAACACCUUGGUCUCUGAAAAAGGAAUUUUUGAGCUGGGUUUCUUUCGUCCAGGAAUCUCUAACAACCGUUACUUGGGAAUCUGGUACAAAACCAUCCCAAUCCCUACUGUUGUUUGGGUUGCCAACAGAGAAACUCCACUCGUAGACUUUUCCAGUAUAUUAAUUAUAAACACCACAGCGAAUCAUGUUGUUCUCAUCCAAAACAAAACUGUUAUUUGGUCAGCAAAAUCGUUGAAACCAAUGGAAAAUCCCAGGCUACAGCUUUUAGACACUGGAAAUCUAGCCCUGAAAGAUGGAAAGUCAGAGGAGAUUUUGUGGCAAAGCUUUGAUUAUCCAACUGAUACAUUGUUGCCAGGAAUGAAGCUGGGAUGGGAUUAUGAAAAUGGCAUAAACAGACGAUUAUCAGCUUGGAAAAACUGGGACGACCCAUCUCCUGGAACAUUGAUAUUGGAAAUGGAAAAUCAUAGCUACCCAGAACUCGCCAUGUGGAAUGGUACACAAGAAAUCGUGAGAACUGGACCUUGGAAUGGGAUGCGGUUCAGCUCCAAAUCCAUUUCUGGUCUUCCAAUUUUAGUGUACCAUUAUGUGAACAAUAAAAAUGAGCUUUAUUUCAGCUUCCAGCUCAUAAACAAUUCUCUGAUUGGUAGAAUGGUAUUGAACCAAUCCAGGUCCAGGAGAGAGGCCUUACUGUGGUCAGAAGCUGAGAAAAACUGGAUGAUAUAUGCCACGAUUCCAAGAGAUUAUUGCGACACAUACAACGUUUGUGGUGCUUAUGGGAAUUGUGACAUUGAGAAUAUGCCUGCUUGUCAAUGUCUGAAAGGGUUCCAGCCAAGGGUGCUAGAGAAUUGGAAUCAAAUGGAUUAUACAGAAGGGUGUGUCAGAACUAAGCAUCUGAAUUGCUGGGAUGAAGUUGGGUUUGCAAAGUUGCCAGGGAUGAAAUUGCCUGACACUACAUAUUCAUGGGUUAAUGAAAGCAUGAGUUUAAGUGAGUGCAGGGAAAAAUGUUUGAGGAAUUGUUCUUGUAUGGCAUUUGCAAAUACAGAUAUUAGAGGAUUAGGUAGUGGGUGUGCCAUUUGGUUAAAUGAUCUUCUUGAUAUUAAAGUUGUUAUCAAAGGUGGCCAAGACUUGUAUGUUCGAAUGCUUGCUUCUGAGUUAGACACAACGAAGGCGAAUUUGGUUAUCAUUGGCGUUAUUGUUUCUGCUACGCUCCUUAUAAUUGCUGCCCUGGUUUUGGUUGGAUUUUACAUUAUCAAAAGAAGGAAAAUCCUUGAAGUUGAGAAACUUGAUGUACAAGAGGAAGACUUGGAGCUCCCGUUAUUUGACCUGUCAACAGUAUCAAAUGCUACAGACAAUUUUUCAAACUCCAAAAAACUUGGAGAAGGUGGCUUUGGUGUAGUAUUCUGGGUAAAAUUGAAGUGUACUAAAAUAAUAUAUUUCAAAACUGAUGAUCACAAUUCUAUGUCAUUGAUUGACUAUAAAAACUUUUUGUCAAUGAACUUUCAGGGUAAACUCAAAGAUGGACGAGAAAUUGCUGUGAAAAGGCUUUCUAACUAUUCAAGACAAGGAACUAAUGAAUUCAAGAAUGAAGUAAAACUUAUAGCUAAACUUCAGCAUAGGAAUCUUGUAAAGCUUCUGGGUUGCUGCAUCCAAGAGAGAGAGAAAAUGUUGAUUUAUGAAUACAUGCCUAAUAAGAGCUUGAGCUCUUUGAUAUUUGAUCCUAAUGGAAGGAAACUCUUAGAUUGGUCAAAGCGAUUCAAUAUCAUAUGUGGAAUAGUUAGAGGGAUUCUUUACCUUCAUGAAGAUUCCAGGUUGAGGAUUAUUCAUAGAGAUCUCAAACCAAGCAAUAUCUUGCUUGAUAUUGACAUGAACCCCAAAAUCUCAGAUUUUGGAAUGGCUAGAACUUUUGGUGGAGAUCAAACCGAAGGAAAUACUAGGAGAGUCGUCGGAACAUAUGGUUAUAUGGCACCAGAAUAUGCUAUAGAUGGACAAUUUUCAAUAAAGUCAGAUGUAUUCAGUUUUGGCAUACUACUAUUAGAAAUUAUAAGUGGACAGAAGAAUCAAGGAUUUUAUCGUCCAAACCAAACUCUCAAUCUCAUCGGACAUGCAUGGAAGUUAUGGAAUGAAGGAAGAGCAUUGGAAUUGAUUGACCCCUCAAUUGGAGAGUCAUAUACUCUAUCUGAAGUAUUGAGAUGCAUCCAUGUUAGUCUUUUAUGCUUGCAACAACAGCCAGAAGAUAGACCAAUCAUAUCAGAUGUGAUUUCAAUGCUAAAUUGUGAGAGUGCCUCGAAGUUGAUGCAACCAAAACAACCAAUAUAUUGCAUGGAAAUGGAUUCACUUAAAGAGGAUUCUAUUUCAAGCAAGAAUGAAGCUUCUAGUUCUACCACCAAUGAAUUAACUGUUACUGUUGUAGAGGCUAGGUAGAUUGGGGUAAGUAGGUGUAAUUUUGUAGAUGUUUUGAAUUCUUCUAUAUUGUGAUCUUUUUUAAUAACGUUUGCUCCAAUUAAAUGCAUUAAAUUUCAACAAUAAAGCAUAUCCCAUUAGUUA